UCUGUUUUCACGCUCUUCGCGUUCCCCGUCCGCGACAGUGCUCACUGGCGAAGGGAGGAGAAUGGGUAACUUGUCCACCUACAGACAGUGGAGCUAAUUAACCUUCAAUAUCUUAAUAAACUCUUAUUACAGUAGGUCGCAGUACUGCAGCGGGACGGUUGAGGCGUACCAGGCGUACCAGUUGCACGUGUGGACUUGCUGGACUGUUGGUGAACUGCGGCAGACUCUUGAGUUUAAUGGGGACUUAAAUUGUGAUGGGACAUGUGUCUAUGUGUUAAGUGUAAUACAGAUACUGUUGUUCUGUCAAGUGUGUUUGUAUACCAACCUGAAGAAAUGUGAGCUGGAAUUCGUAACUAGCUUCAAAACUCUCCAUUACGCUGUUAUAAGAUGAUAGCCAAUCAACUGGCAGCACUUUCUCCGUGAGCCCAGCUGGUUAUGACGUCAAACCCAGAAGAGAAACAGUGGGUCCAGUCGCCGCCCUACAUUCUUAUCCUAAGUCCCUGGUUCUUCUGUCACCACCCUCUGUCAACCCUGUCUUCCCUCUUCCUGACUCUAGUUCUUGUCCUGAGUGUUGUAACUGCGUCCCAACUUGUGGAAACAGGGGACACCUUCCUCAGAAACACUGCUCUCCCUUACCCCUACUUGUACACUACAGGAAGAAACAUGCCCUCAGAGUCAUCCUCUAAAGCACAACAAAGAAAUCUCAAAGAGACGUUAAGGAGAACGUUGCUUUCAGAGUCUAGCCCUAUUUUGCACUCUUCUUCGCCUUAUUUACUCAACAAAGGAAAUACAGUGCCGUUUGAAAAUAUCAAUACUCAGAAACAGGUUAGCAGUAUGGCUGCAGAAGUAGCGUCAAUCACAAAACCUUCUGUUCAUCAGACACAGUUAACAUCAUCGGACAUUUCGGAGGUCUUCGAAGGAACUAAAUAUUUCACACAUGAUUUUAAUUUUAAAAAAGAUAUAAAUUACUCAGAAAUGCAAGAUAAAGCCACUGUUAUUUCAGUUCCUGCCGAAAAUGAUGUUCCCAAACUUUUAAACAAUCAUAUGUCUUCAUUACCUUCUAAAAAUAUCUUCAAACCAGGUUAUGUUUCAUCACAAAUGUUUCCGUCGGAAGUAACCGUGACUCCGUCACAUACUUCUUUGUUUUUAGAGUCUUCAAUAGAUUUCAGUUCAGCACCGUAUCCUCGUGAAGUACAGAGUUCAGAAUUUCUACAUGAAAAUCCCUCUCCUUCGCCAGAAGAAGUUUUGUGUAAAAAGUUGGAGGAAGACACUAUUGAAGCAGCUGGCAGUAACACAGAUCUGAAUUCAAUAAACUCUUCAAAUUUGUCAUUGUCACUUGCGUCAUAUGCGUCUUCAGAUAUGACAUCACUUACCGAAACUGAAUCCGAGGGACGGUUUGAAUAUUCCACAUCUUCGGUAUCUGUUCACAUUUCACAAUUAUCUGAGAAUGAAAGAAGAAACUCCUCAAAAACAAACGCAGUAUCUAAGAGUCUCUUUUUGGCCAAUAUCUCGUUAUUAUCGGAGCCAACGAAGAAUUUACAGAGCCCAUCUUCCGAAAAAACUUCAUUCGAUUCUGUAAAUAUGUCCGAAUCAGCUCGCUGGAGUUCGGCGCCUUUCAAGAACCAAAUAUAUCGGACAAACAUACACAAAAACUCUUCUGUCAGUACCCCACGGACAUUGACUCAAAUGAAAUCAUUAUCUCUUGUGAGUACUGAUAAAAUGAUUACGUCCAAAAUUUCAUCUUCGUUAACACAACGGUCAGUAUCUCAAGGGAAUGAUUCCUCAGACCAUCUGGAGCGAAUUACUGUGCUGGGAUUAUUUGAGAUGACGACACGGACCGGAGAGAGAGCGGAGGGCCACAGCGAGCUGGCAGCUGCUCGUCUUGCUGUCAGCCACAUCAACGAGAGACGCCUUCUUCCUGGCUACCAACUGGAACUGAUCACAAACGACACCAAGUGCGACCCCGGUGUGGGAGUGGACGCUUUCUUCCACGCUCUAUAUACCCAGAAGUCAACGCGCAUGAUCAUGCUCCUGGGGACCGCUUGUUCUGAAGUCACAGAGAGUCUGGCCAAAAUGACGCCAUACUGGAAUAUAGUGCAGGUGUCUUUCGGUUCGACGUCGCCAGUGCUGAGUGAUCGUCAGGAGUUUCCCCUGUUCUAUCGCACGGUGGCACCAGAUUCGUCACAUAACCCAGCUCGGCUGGCCUUUGUCAGGGGUUUCGGUUGGGACACUGUCACCGCACUUAGUCAGAAUGAGGACGUCUAUUCUCUGGCAGUAAAUGACCUUGUCACAGAGUUGGAGCGAGCCAACAUAACCUGUAGAGCCACCAUCACAUUUGCAGAAUCAGACUUCAAGGAUCAGCUUCGCAUGCUGCGAGAUCUUGACACGAGGAUUAUUAUUGGAAGUUUUUCUCAUGAAGUGGCACCAAAAAUCUUCUGUGAGGCUCACCAUCUAGGCAUGUAUGGAUCAGAUUAUGCUUGGAUCCUGCAGGGUGGACCCAGUGAUAUAUGGUGGGAGAAUGUAACAGAAUGUCCACAGCACCAUCUGGCAGCAGCUGUUGAAGGGUUGCUCCUUGUCUCCAGUCACAACAGCAUCGUGGGAGCCAUGCCUUCCUAUUCUGGCCUGACCAACGCACGGUUUCUGGAAGAGUUUGAGCUUCUUUCUCUACCCGUGACACGCUAUGCACCACAGACUUAUGAUGCAGUGUGGGCAAUGGCGUUAGCUAUGAGUGGAGCACAACAAAAUUGGAAGAAAACUGGACUUCCCAUCUUAUUGCAUCAGUUUGACUAUAGUCGUAGAGACAUGACAGCAGAGUUCCUUUCACAGCUCCAGCAACUGGAAUUCCUUGGAGUCUCAGGACCUGUGUCAUUCAGUGAGGCUGAUCGUGUUGGAAUCUCUGCCUUCUAUCAAGUCCAAGGUGGUGAAGUAUCAAAAGUCGCCCUCUUUCACCCAUCCUCUGACCACAUGGACUACACAUGCCCUGACUGCAGACCCUUGGUAUGGCAAGGGGGUCAGGUGCCCAUUGACAAGCGGGUAUGCAAACUACGGGUGGUCACCAUUGAGCCUGCAGCCUUUCUCAGCAUUACCUGUCUGGCGCUCAUCGGUAUCACUCUAGCAUUUGCCUUUUUGGCAUUCAAUCUGCACUUCCGCAAGCUCAAAUACAUCAAACUGUCAUCUCCACGGCUGAACAACAUUGCUGUGGUGGGCUGCAUUCUAGUGUACACAGCUGUCAUUCUUCUUGGUCUGGACCAUGCCACUCUACCAACAAACACACAUUUCUCAGCUGUUUGCACAGCAAGGGUAUACCUUCUCUCAGCUGGCUUCUCUCUGGCAUUUGGCUCCAUGUUCACCAAGACUUACAGAGUGCAUCGCAUCUUCACACGAAGCCACAGUGGAGUUGUUAAGAACAAGCUUCUUCAAGACACACAGCUGAUAUCAUUGAUCUGUGUUCUACUCUUAAUUGAUGGCUUGAUUGUUACACUUUGGGUGAUUAUCGAUCCAAUCCAGCGCCACUUACGGAACCUAACACUGGAAAUCAGCGCCUCUGAUCGCAGUGUUGUCUACCAGCCCCAGGUGGAGGUGUGCCGUUCACAGUAUACCCAUGGCUGGCUGGGUGCACUCUAUGGCUACAAGGGACUAUUGCUUAUAGUUGGAGUGUACAUGGCCUGGGAAACAAGGCAUGUGAAAAUUCCAGCUCUCAAUGACUCACAAUAUAUUGGCAUGAGUGUAUACAGCGUGGUAAUCACCAGUGCCAUUGUUGUUGUGCUAGCUAACCUUAUCUCAGAGCGGGCCACCCUGGCGUUCGUCACAAUCACAACACUUAUCCUGACAUCCACAACUGCUACGCUCUGCCUUCUCUUCUUACCCAAGCUGCAUGCCAUUUUUGGGCAUGCUGAUGACAAUGGGGACCCUAUAAUGCACAGCAUGGGCCUCAAAAUAGAGUAUAACACUAGAAGGUUUGUCACUGAUGAUCGCAGAGAACUUUAUUACCGUGUUGAAGUUCAGAAUCGAGUCUAUCGCAGAGAAAUAGCAGCAUUGGACCUAGAAAUUGGUCGCUUGAAACGGCAGUUAAUAGAGUCACCAAAUGCAUCUUCAGAUUCUAUGUCUGAAGGAGCAGCUUCAAAGAAGACUGAUCUUUCCCCUGAGGAGAGAGGAGCCUCCCGGAAAUACAAUGUGAUGGAAAUGCUCCCCUCACCCAUCGUGGGGGGAGGUCUUCCCUUGUUGCUCCUAUCAGUGCUACCUCCCGUGAUUCCACGGGCUAGCUGGCCAUCUGCAGACCAUGGAAAUCUGCCCAUGCGUCGUCAAGUAACUUUCAGCUCAGAGCCAAAGCUGGAUGAUUCAGUGGCCAAACAAACUGCAGAGAAGUCUGCCAAGGAACAAGAAUACUACAUCAUUUGUGAUAGUCAGGAUAGUGAUACGGAAACUUCAGGGAAACCAGGUGUCUUUAGUCGUCUCAAGAACUUCCUUGGUAGUCGACCUUCAAGUCGAAAAACAUCUGCAGCUUCUUUUUCUGGCACUUCGAGUGGAGGAGGUAUUGCAUCAGCUCUUCGAGUCCACAUGGGUUACUUGGCAGGUCUGGUUCCUAACAGCAACAUGGCUGCCAUGACUUCUUCAUGCAACACUAGUAUUGCGGCAUUAAACCAAUAUGGACUGAGUGGGGGACCAUCUUCUAAAGAACUCCAUCCUUUAAAAAGCUUCUGUGGCAGAGUGGGAGGUGGAAGUGGUCCCAUCAUCAGUGUCACAUCCAAUGAUGAACCUGAAGAGAACACCUGCUUAAAUGGAGGUGGUAACAGUGUAAACCGAAGAAAGUUCUCACUAGGUAUGUGUCUUUCACACAAAGAGGAAAAGGAUUUUGGUAAUGAUGAAAGAAGAGUCAGCUACUCCUCUAUGCAGAAGGAGGUGAUGCAGCACCAGCAUUCACAGCCAAUCCUGUCAUUCAGGGAACGAGCAAAGGGUUCUCCUCGAUUCCCACACAGAAUUGUUCCCACAUGCAGCCUCAAUGCUUUAGAGGACCGUCGCAGGAGCAGUUCAUCUGCUGCUGCUGCUACUGGGUACAGUGUCAAUGCAUCUGGCAGCAAUCCCUCAUACCUUGCUAGGCACCAUCUGCAUGUAUCAAAACAAACUGUUGGUGGUCACAGCCACAUGGGAGGGAAAUGCAGAUCCUUAGAAGAUGCCACAAGUACAGGCGUGUGGUCGUCGAGUGCUUCUGCAGGUGUCAGUAACUGGAAGCCUCGUGCUUCGAGUUACAGCCCAAACUGUGAUGUUUGGGCCACAGCAGAGUUUGGGAUUCCACUUAGUGAACUGGGAAAUAGUGGCAGAUGUAGAGAUAAAAAUGUUCCACAGAGUGUUCAAGAAAGGGACCCACAGUGUUCUCAAGUACCAAUGUAAUUGAAAAUCUAUUAUUUUGUGUUACAGAAAUGUUGAGAUAUCUGUGAUUGUGUCCAUCUAAAAAGGAAUUGGUGUUCAAGAUACAGGUGUGUUAAUGCAUAUUGGGAUACACACAUCCUAGGUCAAUUACUGGUUUGAAACUAGUGAGAUUCAUAAGCGAUAAUCCAGAAGUGUUCAACUUAUCCCCACCCGCUAAUCUGUAAUGCCACUUCCUUGCUUCUUUUAGGAUGGGCUACAUAAGAAGAGCAAUAAAAUGUGUAAUAAUAUAAGAAGGGCAAUCAUAUAAACAAAGAGAUGUUAUGAUAGUGCAUAUUUGUCCUAAUCUUGUACUGUUUCAACCUUGCCUUCUGUGUCUGCUGCAUAGAAGUUAUAAAGGAAGAUUUUGUUUUGUAAAGUGUACCUUAACAUAUAUUUUUUACAUUACGAACCCUGUUCUUCAAGCAAAUCUAUAUAUGUUAAUAAGGGAAAUCUUAAAAUUAAGGAAAUAUCCUUUUUCA